AUUUGUGUUUGCCUCCAACACAUCUGUAACCAGCAUGCUCAAGAUGGGUGACUUGGCCAAGACGAAGAGCUACCGCGCCGUCUGCUGGUGCCCUCAAGGCGGACUUACUACUGACCUCGUGCGUCGUCUUAUAGGGCAGCUUAGGCCGUCUCGUAUCGUUAAUCAAUCCGCUCAGCCCACAACAAAAGGUGAACUUAAAUCCAAGGCAACGGAGAGUCAUGACUUAAUAUGCAACACUUCCCUCAACAAUGAUGGAAUCGCGAUUGAUCUCGGAAUGACCAAAUACGACGAUUCAGACAGUUGUGAGAUGGGCGACUUUGUCUCCAAACCCGACGACCGGGGUGGUGAAGCCAGUAUGGAUCCUGAUUCUGAUAGGAAGACACUUAAAACCGACGUUUCAUGUUCUACUGGUAACGAUGCUACUGACGGACCUACUUGGCCACCCGCCUGCCCUGAUGUCGGUCUUGAUGUGGGAACUUUCGUUGUGCAUCAGUUGACUCCGAUUCGCGUACUGCACCGGCGCACCCUGACUAGUCGCCGUCGCGUAAUUUAUUCCCUCCGGCUGCUGGAAUUUGAGGCUGUGAUGAGUCAGGCUAACACUCGACCUGAGCUGAAGGAUCUGGGCGUCUGGAGAAAUGUUUAUUCCUCCUCCGAGCUAUUCAUAAUCGAACUGAAUUGUGAGGCGGGCACCUAUGUAAAGGAGCUGGCACAUGGUGAUCUCGGCAGGACACAACCAAAUCUGACCAGUCUACUGGGUCGAAAGGUUGAUUUGCUGGCUUUGGAUGUCAUUGCGAUCCAUUUUGAUUGGCCACCCAGCCUCGCCAAUCCUUUGGUUGAUCCAUUAUGA